AUAGCAACAUCGAUUACUGAUUGUGCAGAAGAAAAAACAAUGGUGUGAUUCCAGAUUUUUAUUUAUAACAUCUAAAAAAAUCCUGCAAGAAAACUUUCCAAAAUCUUCCUCAAGACUGUUAAUUUUUUUAUUAGAUAUAUUAUAAUUAUUUUUCACUUAGUAAUAAAAGCCAGUUCGGAGCGGUCACUAGCGAAAGAUGCCAACCAAGCGAGAGAGAAAUAAAAGACGGAACUAGCUAUUUAUUUAAUAUUAAUUAAUAAUUAAUUAGUGUAAUCCAUUGUAACCGUUAUUAGUUUUUCAUAUUAUUACCAUAUAUUCUCAUAAACGCAAAUAACGGAAUGAAUUAAUGUUAAACGCUUUCUCCGAAGUUUAAAUCACUAUUUAUUCGUUUAUUUAAUCAAUUCAUUAUUUAAUCAAUCACAAAUGACAACUAUUGUAGUAAGAGUUUGUUAAGGUCAGUUUAAGCAUUUGACGGACCAUUAUGGACAAUAUGGCUUCGAAUGUGACCUUGAGAAGCAAUAAACAAAGGAAAGAUAACCUGAUAACGAGGAAGCAGGAUAAGUCUCCCGAGAAGACGAUCAGAGGAACGCGGGGGGCAUACAGAGGCAUCCCGUCUACUUCGAAAAGACCGACCGAAGAAGACAAUGAGACGGGCUCCACGGAAAGACUGGACAGACCAAAGAAAUUCAUAUCACAGAACAAAAGCAACUAUGGGCUGGGAAAGAGGCCUGACUUCUCACUCAAGAACAGGAACGUGCAUUUAGCUUCGUCGCGCUAUGGACAGAUGACAUCAGGGCUACACAGCCACGGGCACCAGAUCUCGCAGCCGACGGGACACCAUCUAGACUCAUCCACCGUACUCCCUGCCAAGGAGAAGACUAUACACGGGAAAGAAAAGACCUUCAAGGUGGUGGUCGGUAGUGAAGUAGGCGUGAUGAAGACGCCUCUAGUUGGUCCCCGGCCGUAUAACGCGCUGGCGAUCAUCCACACCCAGCAGAGCAACACCUUCGAUAUGCUCAACUCUCUUACCACCAGUGUCGCUAGUCAGCCCGUGGUCGGAGUGGGAGUAGGCGUCGGGGGAUUUCACCGAAGGAGUUCUGGCCAGGGUACGCUGUGCGACCCUGAACUGGACGACAGCGGGAAUAAACUGGUCGCCAGGCUUGAGGACGAUGCCUUCAUCUCGGAGCAGGAUCUGGAAGAAAAUAUCGAAAUAGCAACUGCAACUGAAAAACGAAUAUCAAAGACUGAUGCAUCUGGAGAAGAUCAACCACAGGAGCCACAGAAUGGUUUGGUGUACGGUCCUAUUUAUGAGCUCGAGAAGUUGGAACAGAAGGACAAGCAGGACAAGGACGACAAAGAAGAUGAGGAAGAACCCAUCGGAGUCUCGCCUUGUGGCAGGUUCUUCAAGUACGACAAGGAGGUGGGUCGCGGUUCCUUCAAGACUGUGUACCACGGACUCGACACUCAGACUGGAGUCGCGGUCGCAUGGUGUGAGCUCCUGGAGAAAAAGCUGAACAAAACCGAACGUCUCCGGUUCCGCGAGGAAGCCGACAUGCUGAAGAAACUCCAGCACCCAAACAUCGUACGGUUUUACAACUAUUGGGAGGGCACUGUCGCUAAGAAGAAGAAUAUAGUGCUCAUCACUGAACUCAUGCUCAGCGGAACUCUUAAAGCGUACCUUCGGCGAUUUAAGCGGAUAAACCCGAAAGUGCUCAAGUCUUGGUGUCGUCAGAUUCUGAAAGGAUUAAAUUUUUUACAUUCAAGAACUCCACCUAUUAUACACAGAGAUCUGAAGUGUGACAACAUCUUUAUAACGGGUACAACUGGCAGCGUCAAGAUUGGAGAUUUGGGACUGGCCACACUCAAGAAUAGGAGUUUCGCCAAGUCUGUUAUAGGUAUAUAUUAUAAAUUUUAUAAAAUAUGUCGUGUAAAUGACUGCCUCGUUGGCCGAGUGGUCGCAAGUGCGACUUUCGAGCAAGGGAGUAAGCCCUCAGAUCUGUAUACUCGUUUAUUCGUCUAAUCCAUAUAAUUAACAAAAUAUAUUGUAUCAUCAUAUUCACAGGGAGUAAAGCCUCAAAGUUUGGAGAAGGUCACCAUCCCUGAGGUCCGGGAUAUCAUCGAAUCGUGUAUUAAGCCUAACAAAGCUGACAGGCCAAAAGUGAAAGAUCUGUUGAACCACGAGUUCUUUGGCGAGGACAUUGGGCUGCGGCUGGAGAUAGUCGGCAGGGAUCUAGUCACCUCGUCGGAUAUCACCAAGAUACAGUUCCGGCUGAAGAUAAUCGAUCCUAAAAAACGGUCUUACACCCACAAGGAGAACGAAGCGAUCCAGUUUGAGUUCGACAUAGAAAACGACGACUGCGAAGAAGUUGCCAACGAGAUGGCGAAGGCUGGCCUCAUCAUGGAAGAAGAUGCUAGGAUCGUCUUCAAGCUGCUCAAGUCUCAGCUUAUCAGCCUUAACAGAGAGAGGAAGGAGAAAAAUUCUCAGAUGCUGAUCAUCGAACAGAACAGGCAACAACUAUAUGAGCAACAGUUAAGGCAGAUGAAGAUGAUACAGAAUCAGCAGCAAGCAGGACCCGUGGACCAGGUGACCGCAGGGCUUCUCAACGGAGUCGGGUCGCAGCCUCUCGCUGGCGUGCAGCUGGACCCUCAAUCGCAGCUCCUUCAGUGUCAGCAGCAACUGCUCCAGCAGCAGAUCCAGCAGCUGAAUAACGAGGACGCUGCCAUGAAGCUUCUGCAACAGAACUUCAUGCAGGCUAGGAUAUCGCCUUCCAUGGCUGCCGACCAGCAGCUUCUACAGAACAAGGUGUUUCUUGAACAAAACUUGAAACAACAGGUAAUGAUGGAGCAGAAUCUCAUCAACCAGCAAAUGCUGGAACAGUCAGUCCAAGGCCAGGUUCUAAUGGAGAAGCAAGUUCAACAAAACCUCCUUGAGCAAGUCCCUUCACAGACACAGUGGCAGCCGAACCUCUUGAACCAACAGUUAACCGCCGAGAUCAAUACUCAGAACCAGGUGUUACAACAACAAAUAAUACAGCAACAACAAACUAUCAUUGCUCAGCAAGCCGCCGCCAUACAGCAGAAACAACUCGAAGAACAACUCACAGCGCAAGACAAUAUGAUUGCAGGUCCCCAGAAUCUCGUCACUGGUCAAAUGUUAGAUCCCUCCUUACAGAACCUGCAAACUAUUUUAUCACAAAUCAUACAAAGACCCGACACGCUACAAUCUAGGAAGGAAUCGGAAUCUGAAACUCAGCAACAGCAGCAACAACAGCAACAAAUGACACAACAACCGACGGAGAACGUCGAGAUGCAACAGAACCAGGAACAAGAGGCGCUGCUACAGAUGCAGAACCUGGUAAACUCGCAGCUGCAGCAACAGAAUGUCAACUACCAACACGGCCAGCAGUUCUCGCAACCGUCGCAGCAACCGAACAUAGAUCCCACGUACCUCGCGCAGCACCAGCAAGUGGCGCAGGCGCAGCAGCAGGUCGCGCAGGCGCAGCAACAGCUGGACGUGCAGAAGCAGGUCCUGGCGCAGCAACAGCUGGCGCUGCAGCAACAUCUGCAGCAGGCGCCGCACCACGCGCGCGCGCUGCAGCCGCAGCAGCACUACCUGGCGCAGCAGGCGCUGCAGCUGCACGCUCGCCAGGACGCGCUGGCACACGACUGGGCCACGCUGCUGCAGCGCCGCACGCUGCUGGAGCAGCUAGACCAGCGCGCCUGCCGCCGCCAGGACUCCGAGCCCGACCCAUACCCGCGGCCGCAGCUGCAGCACCAGCUGUCCGUGGACCGCAUGCAGGGCCAGUCCAUGCCGCACCACAACUUCGGUAUGGUACGCCAAAACGAGAGGCAGAUAUCUAGUCAUGAAGGCACCCCGGUGCAGAAUUAUUCCGCCAAUCCUUUGCAAAUGUACCAGCCGGCGCAGAGCCAGCCCGUGAUGAUGCAGAACAUGUAUCAGACCAACCAGAUGGAGUCGUCCAUACCUUCGUCUGCGGCGGCCGGCAUGCAGUCGGUCCAGGACGCGAUGCCGCAGCAGAUGCCGGUGCAGGUGCCCAUGUCCGUGCCCCAGCCGAUGCACUCAGUACCACUCCCCAUCCAGCAGCCGCAAGUUCCGCAACAACAACAAUUACAGCCCAUACAACAAGUCCAGACGAUACAGCCUCAGAUUCAACAGAUGUCCCAACCGGUACCUCAGUCUCAGCCACAACCUACGCCGGUUCCUCAUGCCCAGCCUCUCCAGCAGCAAGUCCAGUUACCACCGGACCUUGUACAACAGCCUCAGCAGUUGAACCUUCCAGCAGACCAAGUGGAGAAUGGGUACCAGAGUAACGGUGGACAAAAGGAGCAAUUCCACACUCCGUUGACGGAGUUCCCGACGAACCACGCCGAGGCUAUCAAACAGCCUGAGCUCAGCUCUGUUGAGGAGAAACAGGCGGAGAUUCAGCAACAGGAAGUGGGUACGGCCAUAUCAUCUCCAAUAACAAGCGAGAAGAAGUCCCGUGGCUCGAAGAAACGUUCUCGGGAGAAGGACAAGCUGCCGAAACUGACGGUGCUGGAGGUGAAUGAGGCAGCCACCAUGGUAGAGUGCCAGCUUGAGUCUAAAUCCAAGACCGUCACCUUCAAGUUUGACGUGACUGACGUCAAUCCUGAGGAGAUUGCUAGUAACCUUGUGUCAAACAACUUACUCCCAGAAUGGCAGAGCGCUACGUUCAUGGAGCUGAUCAAAGACAUCGUGAACCAGCUCAUUACCAACCCUGGAGUCACCCCCGUACUCAACCCCGCGCACCACUCUGCACUCAGGCUCAAUAUUGACAAGACUGACUACGAUUCCGAAACGACUGAACGCGAGGAAAACCUGACGGAUUCUAACCAGGAUAACUCGGAGUGUACGACGCCGACGGCCAGCCAUGACAACAUCGCAGCCGAACUCGCUUACGACCAGCCCGAGCCUGAGCUCGGCACCGCCCCCGCGCAACCGGGCCCCACCCCCGCGCAACCAGGCCCCGCCCCUGCACAACCAGGCCCCGCGCCCGCGCAGUCGGGCCCCGCCCCUGCGCUGCCCCAUGCACCGCAUGGAGACACCGUCGCCAGGAAAAUUAGCACUGCCUCGUCUAUAGGUUCUAAUCAAUCGGACGGCGGGUCGAUGGCGCCCGAGCGGUCUGGCAGCACGGAAUCCCAGAGCGGCGAAAAGAAACAACAAAAGCCAACUCGAAAGAUAUCACGAUUUCUAGUCAGCCCCGUAGUCGACCGCGGGGAGAAUGUCCCAGAAGAAAAACCAAUACCCGAACCCGCGGAACAUUUAGAACCUCAAGUCAACGGUCUCCCAGAAAAAGAACCUGCCCCGCUACCCCCUCAGGAAUUUGUUCCUACGCACCAGUAUUCAGUGGCACCACAGAUUCAGCCUCCCGUAGAUCUAAGACCCGAAGUCCAGUCUAUAGAAAGGCCAAUAGAAAUGAAGCAAGAAGUGCCAGUAACAGUUACUAUGGUUCUUCCCCCAAUAGUCUCCAAUAUUUCGAGCGUGCAACAAGUGCCUGCUCAAAAUAUUAUUAAUCCUAUGUUAAACUCUUCUAAUGUACAACCUAACCUAACAACUCCGUUGCAAAUAGCCACAGAUACCCCCUUAUUGGGGUUGAGUCAGGUCGGGACCCCAAUGGGCGUGGGAGGGGAGCUCGGCUUGAACAUGGGGCUGCAAGGGGUCGGGCUGGCCAUGUCAGGCCCCACUCCGGGGGCUAACGACGCGAUGCCUAAUGCUGAGAAUAUACAGAGGAUGUUGUUGAAGCAAAAUAUUAUGAAUCAGCAGCAAAACCUCUCCGGGCCUAACCUACUCGGAUUACUGAACCAGCAAUCGUACCCACAGCCAGACAUCGGCCUGCACAACAACAUACUCAAUAACACACAACCUGCACCUAUGAUGGCGGCGCGCCUGCCUCCUCAGUACCAGCAGCCCAAGUACUACCAACCGAUGCUGGCCAACGACUUCAUUGGACUCAAUCCCCUCUUUCAAUCAUCAGCUCAGCAGCAAGCCCUGCAAUCGUCAGUGAACCAGCUGGCCAGUCAGCAGAUGUCUCAGCUCGGUAUGAUGGGGCUGGCCACGCCGCUGGCUCCGCAAGCUAUCGCCUUCCAGCAUCAGAACAUUGCACAGAAUAUAGCACUCAACCAGAAUCUUAUGGGGCAGAAUCUAGGACAGAAUCUAGGAAAUUAUACAGGUCUAGCAGGUCAAAACUUAGGAUUAGGCGGUCAGAAUCUCAUUGGAGGCCAGAACCUGGCGCUAGGUGGACAGAACUUGUCCCUGGGAGGGCAGAAUUUAGGAAUUAUCAACCAGAAUCUGGGACAGCUAGUGGCCCAACGCGCCGUGCACCAUGCGCUGGCUAGGAGGGCUGUGGACAUGGAUAUGGCAGGCAUGACUGCAGUGAACUCGACGGGUUCCUCCCAGCCGAGCACUCCGAACAAACCGCAGUCGUACAGCGAGUACAUGCUCACGCUGCAACACAAGCUCGCUUCCAUAUCCAAUAGCGGCCCUGUCUCCCCGCAGUCUCCGCUGGAGUACAGCCCGGCUCUGUCGCCGACCCACCGGCCGGCCCUGCACGCCAUGCCCAAGGCGGGCGAGGCGAGCGAGGCGGGCGGCGCGGCCAGCGCGGCGGCGCGCGGCACGCGGCACGCGGCGCAGCUGGCCGAGCUGGACCACGAGCUCAGCAAGAUCAGUCUGCACUACAAGCACCCGCCGCCCAAGGAUGUGUUCAUAGAACACAAUACGGACGAGCAUGAAAUGCUUACGGCGAACAUCAACGAUAGUGCAGUCAACACCUACGAAGAACUGGGACCGGAGUGGGAGUCUCGGUCGACGCGGUUUCGAGUGUCUCGCGCAGCACCCUGUCGCGGCUACGAGCUCUGCCGGCUGUUGCCGAAUGAUCACGGCAAAGAGAAGCUAGAUCUGCUUCAAAGCCAUCCUUACCCUGAAGGCACGCUGGACGAAGUAUCCUGCGCGGACAAUAACUCGUCCUACGAGGAAGCCACGGCCGGUGAGACGUACGUCAUCACGGACACUCGUGCGCAUACCUACCUCGUGCACGACGCUCUGGCGGACGCUGUCGCUACCAUCAUCGACCCUGGCAGGACUUCGCAUGAGAGUUCUCCGGGCUUAUGCUCUCCGGAAGAACGUCGGUGUGCGUCAGACGGGUCCCAGGGCUCCUCGGCAUCCGAACAGGCGUACCUGAUAGUGGACCCUUGGCGCUCAAUAACCUGUGCUGUCAUCGACCGAGCGUUACGGCUCACUGCUGACUCAGGGUUCACGCCUUUCUACGAAGCUAAAUACGCCGCCGAUGUCUCCACGAACAUCGAGGCGGGCACGCAGGUGUCGGCUCGCGCCGAGCUGGCGCGCUGGCAGGUCCUCGGCGCGGCCGGCGAGGCGGCGCUGGCGGCACCUGGCCAGGCGGUGCUGGCGGCGCCCGGCCAGGCCGUUCUGGCGGCUCCCGGCCAAGCGGUUCUGACGGCGCCCGGCCAGGCGGUGCUGACGGCGCCCGAGCCCGCGUCCUGCGCCGCGCCGCUGCCCGCGCUCGCUGCGUCGCUCGUCACAUACGAGACUCUCACCGACAAAGCGGUGUGUCGGCAGGUGGUGCUGGUGUCGGUGCAGCCGUCCCAGUUAUGACGUGUGUAGCGGAUCACCUUGUACCUUAUAUUUAUUGUAAAAUGUAAUAUAUCUAUAUCACUACUCGUAAAUAAAAUAUUCAUAUGUGAUAUCUA